AUGAGCGCAUCAAUCAACUCAGAUGUGGCUCUGUUGACAGAGCACCUAACCUACAGACCAGCCGCCCUAAUCGACGACAUAGUAAACAGCAUCAAUAUCCUCGCCUUCCGAGCAAUCGACGCCGUCGAAGCCGGCCUCACGCGCGCCUCCCCAUCAGACCUAGGAUUCAAGAUCCCUUCCUCAGCCACCGCAGCAGAAACCGACGUACUGCACUCCAAGAUAAAACACGAGAUCGAAAAUGGCGUACACCAAUUAGAAACUCUGCUGGAGGCGAAAAUCGACAAGAAUUUCGACAAGUUGGAACUCUGGACCUUGAGGAAUAUCUUGUCUGUGCCACCCGAGGUGAGGGACUGGGUGCGCUUGAGUCAUUAUGAGGGCUUAGAUUUUGGGGGCAUGAGGGAGGGGGAUGGGCCGAGUGUAGAGAGUGUGGAGGUCCAGAGGAGGAGGGUAAGGGAGACGUUGAAAUUGCAUGCAUUGCUCGUUAGUGAGACGGCGAAGAAUGAUGCUACGAUUGCGGCCUUAAAGGCUUUACUCGGGAAGAGUAGUCAAGAAACCAAGAAGGAAGAAGUAGAAGGCGAGGGAACCGAGGCGAUAUAUCCGGCAUUUGGAUUCCUGCAGGAUAGGGGCGAGUUGACGGGAGAUGGGAAACACCCCAUUACGACGACGGCUUCCUUUACGAUUUCCCAGCUUCCAGCGCUGAAGGCGUUACUGCAAGAUUUGAAGCCCAGGUUGGAUGUGCUGGCGAAUGGGAAUGGGAAGGCGGGGUUGGUGGGAGAGGAGGAGAAGAGCUGGAGGAGGGAGAGGUUGGAGUUUGUGGAGAAGCAGACGAAGAGGCAUCUUGAGAGUGUGAGGGGGCUUGAACUAGGGGAUAUGGGGGAGGUGAGGGAUGGGGAGUGGCAGGGUGAGGGGAGGAAGCUUGGGAAGCAGGAAGUUGAGGAUUUGGAGAGAGUUGUGGGGAUGGUCGCUGGUGAGGAUCCUGGGGAGCCUAUGGAUGAGGGUUCGUAG